GCACUCUCAAAAUCGUGUACGUAUAAAAUGAAGCAAACCCGUUGCGGGAACCAAUAAUAGUACCGGUUAAAAUUGAUAAACCUCAUUAAGCUCCCGACCGCGCUAUAUACAGAACGACGCGCGUUGAUCGACAGUCAUUUGUCGAACUAGACCAGCGCACACUAUACUUGACGGUGUAAACUGGAAUACGCGUAAGCGCGCUUGAGAACGAUCGCGAUCGCGCCUUGUCUUUAAGGGUUUUCCGAGAACAUGCGUGCGGGAAACCUUGUGCUAGUGAUUGAAAAUGAAGUUGUAAAAGUUCCCUGGGAGUGCACACUGAGGAUAUUCUUAGUUUGAUAGCGAUUUGUUGGAUUACUAUUUUUAACCAAGGCAAUAAAUGGAGUCCGAUUACCAUUGGCUCAUUACCAUUGGGCUGGUGACGUCAUCUGUCAUCGCAGUUACUGCCAACAUUUUUCUGUUGGUGAUCUUCUGUAGAAGAAGGAGCCUCAGAACCGUACCUAAUAGAUUUGUGAUUAAUCUGCUGAUUACCAAUCUCCUCAGCAGUGUGCUUCUGAUCCCUCUCCUCCUGGUGGACCAAGAAGCUACAUCUUUGACUUCCAGUAUGGGAGUAAACCAGACUGUAGAUGAAGUGGAAAGUCUCAUCAUCCGGGAGAACGUCCGUUCUUCCAAUACCAGUUCUGAGAGCAUCGAGAUCAUCGAAACCGAGUUCCAGGAUGACCCUACCAGGAAGACGAUCGAGAUCAUCGAGACCAGUGACGUUUUGACUAGGAGACUGAUUGCCGAAAAUGCGACAGCUGAUUUGCUGUGCGUUUUCGCUCACAGCACGACCAGUUUCGUCUGCACGGCGUCCAUCUUCAGUAUCCUGCUCAUAGGAAUCAAUCAGUAUUUCGGAGUGAUACACUCGUUGAGGUACCACUUCUACAUCAACAGGUGCCGGUCAAGCAUCCUCAUAGGUAUCAGUUGGUUCGUGGCCCUCCUUUGCGCCGUACUGAGCUCAGUGACGUACAGCGAUAGUACCGUCUGGCAUUUCUGUAGGCCGCGUGCUGUCCAACCCAGUGAAACCCUGAAGAUCCUCAACACGGUCUACGCUCUAGGAUACUUCCUGUUGGUCAUCUUGGCGCCUUUUGUCGCGAUCUGCGUUAUCUACGUCUGCAUCUACUCGGCUGCUCACCAGAACAGCGAGCGGAUGCGGAGAUCUGCCUCAGCACCGUUGAACCCUCAUCAGGUGGAUUACAUCCAGGUGCCUGUACACAGGCCGGCUAGUCUCAGAGCCACUCUGCCCAAGGUGCAUUCAGCGCCGAAUUUCUCCAGCAUUGACAAGGAGAACGUUCCGUUCAAAGUGGAGCACAUGGAGAUCCAGACAGUAGUACCAACUUCCGUCAACCGAACUCCCAGUGGCCGAAGUUUCAUUACCACCAUAAAACACAAAAUCUCCAACGCUUCAGUGUUUCGGUACCGUGAAGAAACCCGAGCGGCCAAAAUUAGCAUCCUAGUGAUAUUCUUAGUGCUCGUCUGUUACGUUCCUUAUGGCAUCACGCUCAUCCUCAGCUCCAAAUGUGUCGGCAUCAAUACCAGCCAGAUCUUCAACUACCUCUCACUCAUGUUGCUGGUCUUCUCCAACAUCAUUUCUCCGUUCCUCUUCGGGUACAGGAACAAAAGAGUGAAACGGGAGGUCUGUAAGAUCUUCGGCAUGGGUUCCAAACAAACGUUAGGAGUGUUUGAGAAACCACGGAAAUCCCUCAUGCCACAGAACAAAAGUUUCGAGAAUGUACACGAGAGCUUCGAGCACGAGGAUGCGUUCACGCAAAAAAGUAGAGUGAUACCUGAAGUGAUAGUGACUUGCAAACCUGAAAAUGAGAGGAAAAGUAUCCUCAAGAGAGUGUGCAGCUCGUCGAACUGGACGAGUUAUAAAAAGUGCAAUUUCAUCACGGUGCCAGACAGUUGCAUCAGCGGGGAGGCUAGAGGGUCGUUUUCCAGCGCUAGCACGCAAAUUUCCACGGAGGAAUAGGAAAUGUGCUUCUAAGGGGAACGGUACAACCACCACUGGUUCUGAAACGAGUGAGAUUGUUUUGUUAUCAGUAUUAUAUUCCAGUCCUGUUUAUGGUCGGGUUAGUUAUUUUAAAUUUUGUAGAAUCGAUCAUCAAGUUUUCGUGAUUUGCUAUCUCUUAAGAUAAUUUGCCCGUGGUUUACAAAAUAUAGCAACUCAAUCUCAUGGGCAAUUUGGACCCGCUGUUGUCAAAAAACUAGUCAUCUGUAGUCAUUAGUAUUAUUUUUUGUAAGGUUUGAAGUGGUGGUUCUACUUUCCCUUUAGUAAUGAUAUAGUGAUGGGUAUUAUGACCAAAACUAUUUAAAUAUUUAUUAGAUGGUAAAAUCUGAUCGUUUUGGCAUUGUAAAUGCUUUGACUAAAGUUGUGGUACUUGCAUAACUUAAGGUGUCUGCCAUAUCAAAAACUACACUCUAUAGCUGACUACAAAAUACAUAAUGGGAUCCAGGACAUUUUUCAAGAAAGACACAAAGGCUAUAGCAUAUAAAAAUUGCUCGCGAAGAUAUCCAAAUCUGAAUCAAUCCAAAUUGAGGCAUAUUGGGUCAAGAAAUCUUAGCUGAAUUUUCACCCCUAAACUCAACAACGUGUAUUUUCGAACAAAAAAUUGAAAAAAGAAACGAUGCUUCACUGUUAUAUCCUUUUUAUUAUAUAUAUAUAUAUAUAACUUGAGACGUGGUCAUUGUCGUCUAGACCAGUUAGGUGAAAAAUUAAAGCUUCCUUAACCAACACAGUCUACUCCAUCAAUUGCAACAACUGCAACCAAAUAUACAUAGGUCAGACCUCCAGAUCUCUUAAAGGAAGGAUUACAUCACACAAAAGUGAUGCUAGGCUUCAUCCUGAAAGAUGCGCUCUAGCAUCUCAUGUUAACACAACAGGACAUUCUAUGAAUUACACAAGUAUCAAAGUUCUUGAUAAAGAAAAACACCUUUCCAAACGUUUAUUCCUGGAAAUGUCCCACAUCUUCAUGAAUAACAACUGUAUCAACAAAAAGACAGAUGUUAAACAACUGAGUGUCAUUUACUCAUAUUUGCUAAACUGCGAAAAAUUGGAGAACUUACAUAUCUCCCCAAAUUUCGACUCUUCACAACCAUAAUUAGAAUCUGUGUUUUGGCCGAUUCCACCAGUAAAUUUCAUUCCACUCAAAAUAUAAUAAUUCUCUUCUCACGAUUUAUUAAUAAUUGUUAAUUUAAAUUCCCAUUAAUUAAAAUAUAGUUUAUUCAACUGCCUCUGGUCGGUUUAACAAAUUCUUACAUAAAAUUCUGAAAAUCACAUCAUCUGAAGUGAUUUGGCAACGUUUGGCACACGCCCACAAUUCGUUCCAUCUUUCAACACAGACAUUGACAUCCUUCGGCCUUCUGUCAAAAGGGUGUCAUCUCACUCAUUAUUCCAUGACCACUAAUUUGUGCAAUCAUCAAGUGGCUUCACGAUGUAAUGCUCUAAUGUUUUUUAAAUAAUUUUUAAUCUGUUUUUAACUUGUUCUUGUCAUAUUUUAUAUAAUUUUGACCAUUGUACAAUCUAUCCAGCUCUCACCAUGUUACUGGACGUUUCCCUCAUCCUAUACGUAAACAACAAUUAGCAACAUCCUCACAUACUACUGUAAGUUAAGUCAAUUUAAAUUCAUUUUACACUUUUGUUGCUACUGUUAUCAUUGUAAUUGCAGCUCCUGAUGAUGAUGGCAAAGUCCAUUGAAAGCUAGAGAAAAUUAAAAAAAGUAUAAAGAGUCCUCUUUGCUUAAAUUUUGUCGAAGUACCCAACAAAAGGCGGAAGCUUUAAUUUUUCACCUAUAUAUAUAUAUAUAUAUUAUAAUUAUCUUGAAUUUUUUUUCGAAUUGGUCAGUUAUACUAAAUUUUUUAUGUAGCCUUUAGCCUUUAGUGUUCAUUAAUGACAAUAUUAAAUUAUUUUUAACUUUAAAUGUAAUUUCAACAACUGACAGUUUUCUUCUAUUUUGUAACACUUCGUUUUGGAUGUAGUAUCUGAUAUGGCGUGAAUUUGAACAAAAAACUUGCCUCCAAAUUUCCCUAGAACUGUAUCGCAUAAACAUUUCCUUUAGCGUUUGUUAGAGAUGUGUUCAUAUCAUAAAUGUCAAAUUAUUAGACGUUUAAACGUGAUAUUGUUUGGUCCAAUCGAAUAUAUGCUUUUGCCGAGUGAUAGUACAAGCAUCACCUCAAUUUAUUUUGAUCCACAGUGCAAUACUUUUAUCGUGCUGUUUAAAUUGUCAAUUGUGUGUGAUUAACUACAGAUAUUCUCAUUUAAGAGAAAUGUUUACUUUAUCAUUCCAAAAAUUGCAAUAAUUCUCACAAAGAUAGUUUUUUUUGUUUUCAACAGUGAUCUUCCAGUAUUUCUGACUUAAAAUUGAUAAAUCUUAUUUUUGACAAAAUUUUUGAAUGCUUGAGACUCGUAUAUUUUGUAACGAAUGCCGGUGUUGAAGACUGUGUUUCACUUGAGAAUGAUAUCCUAAUAAUCACACAAUUUUCAAAAUAUUGCGAAGGGCACCGUGAAAAACUAUCCAUGACAUUGAACAUAGUCAUUUUUUGUAGUCUAGUAUUUGUUGUUCAGUGUGUUAAAGAUUAAGGGGGAUGUUCUUACUAUUAGCAAUGCAACAAUAGUAUUGGGAGUUUUCUUCACAAAUUUGCAGUAUAGUGAUAUUUAUUUUGACAGUUUUUUACACAUGAAUAUUCACUGGUAUUUGAUAUAUUUGCAAGAAGGCUCCUGAUACAGUAAAAAUAAUUGAAAUUGUACCAAACCCGACUGACUGAUUAUAUUUAUGAUUACUUUAAGCUUAUUUUUCGUUUACUUAAUCUUCAUUUACUUACCACUACCUAAUCAUUUAUUUUAAAUAUUGUAUGUUAAAGGAAUUUUGGUAUCCAUAUAACAUACGUGUAUUUUUUAACAGAAUCAGUUUUUCUCAGCAGCAUUAUUUUUGAUUCUAUUAUAAGCAUUUUGAGUGGUAUGAUAUUUAAUUUUCCUUUUUAGACUGAACAAUGUAUAAAAUGUACAUAGUUUUAGAAAAAUUCUAUUUUAUAUUAAAAAGGAUUUAUUGUGUAAUGUGAAAUCACAUUGAUUGUCACUAUUUUAGAUAUAGUUACCUG